UGAUUUCAAUAGUACAGAAAAAUUGCAACUAAACACUGUAUCAGUUAAUAAGUGAAUCAUAAUUGAACAAAAGUUAACAGUUAAGUCAACGAAACUAAUCUUAAAGUAAAACGUCUAACAGUUGGCCGUAAAAUUUUGCCGAGUCAUGGCUGAGAAUCAAUACGGAACUAGUGAUCCGAUACAAACUGAUGAACCAGUUUUGGCUAAAUAUCCAUUCGAUACGCCCGACGCUCCCGGAGUUCCUAAAGCUAUUGACACGAGUGACGAUUCGGUUACACUUAAGUGGACUAAACCUCGCAAUGACGGCGGAUCCCCAAUUACUGGGUAUGUCCUCGAAAAGCGGAAGGUUGGCGAUAAAGACUGGACUCGCAGUCACGUCGGCAUUAUAGCUGACCUCACUUACAAAGUUUCAGGACUUGAAAACAAUGAGGAAUAUGAGUUCCGAGUGGCCGCACGAAAUGCCGCCGGUCAGGGGGCUUUCAGUUAUGCCUCCGAUGCCAUUAUUGCUCACCGACCGCCAACAGCACCCAAAAUCGAUGCCGACUUUACAGUGAAAGACAUUGUUUUAAUGGCUGGCGAACAGUUCAGACUUAGAAUACCAUUUAGUGGUUCGCCGACACCGAAGGUUGAAUGGACUGCAAACGGAACCGUUAUUUUGCCGGACGAUAGAGUGACCUCAGAAGUGAACGAGUGUUUCACAAUUUUGCUCAACAGAAAAGCCAAACGCAAAGACGGCGGCAAAUGUGGCGUCAAAUUGACUAACACUGAGGGAAGUGAUUCACCCUUCUGUAAAGUACUGGUCGUUGACGUUCCCGGCUUACCUCAAGGACCGCUUGAAGUGAUUGAUGUGACGCCUGAGACCUGCUCUUUGACGUGGAAACCACCGCUCGAUGACGGGGGCAGUCCUAUCACUAAUUACAUCAUCGAAAAACAGGACCAAACAACUAAACAAUGGAUUAAAGUGAGCGCUUUUGUACGCAAAUGUCAUUACGAAGUGAUUGGUUUGGAACCAAACAAAGUCUAUCACUUCCGAGUAAGUGCUGAGAACCAGUACGGCGUCAGUAAACCACUUGAAACGGAUCGACCCAUUACUGCUAAGUUUCUGCUCAACACUCCCGACGCACCCGGAAAACCAACGAUCACUGAUUCCACCAAAAAUACGGCGAGUCUUAGUUGGGAACGACCGUACAGUGACGGCGGUUUCAAAAUACAGGGCUAUUGUGUGGAAUACAAGGAACCGACUGAUAGUAGAUGGCUUAUUGGCAAUGAAUUUCUUGUCAAGGACACCAACUUUACAAUCUGUGGACUCAUUGAAGGCAAAGAGUAUGAGUUCCGUAUUAAAGCCAAGAACGCCGCCGGUUUGGGUAAACCGAGUCCGCCGUCGGCCACAUUCAGAAUGAAGGGUAAGGGAGCCGAACCAUCGCCGCCGCAGAAUCUUCACGUCAAGAAGGUUGGUAAAACAUAUAUCGACCUCAAGUGGGAACCGCCGAGAAGUGACGGCGGAUCCAAGAUUACUGGUUACGUUGUCGAACGUAAAGAACAUAACAGCAGUUAUUGGAUAAAAGUUAAUGAAUACGGAUGUCUUGAUUGUGAACAUACUGUUCUCAACCUGACCACUGAUAAUGAGUAUGACUUCAGAGUCAGUGCCGUCAACAGCUCCGGUAAGAGUGAGCCGUGUCUUAUGAGUAAAUCAGUCAAAGAACAGAAGAUCACCGGCAGAGCCAAACCAGAGUUUGUACGCAAACUAUUCAACAAAAGCACUACUCUUAAGUCAGAGAUGACACUCGAGUGCGAAGCCAUAGGAAAACCGGUGCCCACAAGCAGAUGGUUCCGCAACGGCAGAGAACUUCACACCAGAAGAAUCAGAUCAGUCGAUACUGAAGAAGGAGUUUUUAAAUUAAUAUUUUCCGAAGUCUUGGGUACAGACGAAGGCGACUACACUUGUGAAGCGGUCAACGCUUUGGGCACCGAUAGGUGAAGUGC